AUGAACUUCACAAAUAAUGAUAUUCACGAACAUGGUGCACAAUAUCUUGCUAACAGUUUACAGGAAAACAAAAUACUCACCAUAUUGAAUUUCGGAUACAAUCAAAUUGGUGAUCAAGGAGCAAAAUAUUUUGCUGAUGUUCUUGAAUAUAACGAAACACUCAUCGAAAUAGAUCUCUCUGCUAAUCGUAUUGGUAACUCAGGACUACGACAUCUUGCUAAUGCUCUACAAAAAAAUAAGACACUUAAAACAAUACACCUCGGAUUCAAUGAGAUUGGUGACGACGGAGUAAAACAUCUUGCUGAUGCUCUUCAAGAAAAUAAAACACUUAUCACAUUAGACCUUCAAUGGAAUCGAGUCAAUAAUUACGGGGCACAAUAUCUUGCUAAUGCUUUACGACAAAAUAAAACACUUACCGAAUUGAAUCUUGGAUACAAUCCAAUUGGUAAUGAUGGAAAAGAAAGUCUUGGGAAAAUACUUCAAAAUAAUUCAGAAACCAAAAUAAUUUUCUGA